AUGUUGAGGGCUCGGCGGAGCCUCGUCAGCAGUCUGGUGGAAGUUGCGACCAGGAUGGCAGAUGAACUUCCGGGAGAUCAGGCACAAAAUAUUGUUAAGGAAUUAAAGAACAAGUUGCAAACGGUUGAAAGGGCAGAAAGGGAGUACGAAACUGCAAAGGGCCGCAGAGAUCCGAAACUUCCAGUAAUCCGGAAUGAGGUCAUCGAAGUAAUAAACUCAUCCUUUGAAGGGUCCCGCAUUGAUCUAUUGCAGUUGGUAAAUAUGGCAAAGGCUUACGGUGAGCAAAUGCAUGCGCGAUGCUCUGGGAGACAUUUUUCUACGAACGUCGAGCGUUUUCGGGAGGAACUGGAGAAAUGCCGAGAUAUAACGCCGGUUAAGGUGUCUAUAGAGACUCUCAGUUUGCUGGGAAAUGUCUCUGUAACUCUGAAACAGGAGAAUGAUGACCAGCUUAGGAUCUUGAGGUCAGCACAAUUCGUAAACGAGUACGAACCGCAAACUUUCGUGGAUAUUUACUCAGCCAUCGCUGCCAUGAAGUUUAGAAUGGAAACUGUGGAGCGCUUGGCUGCGCUGGACAAAGCACUGAAAGAAGACAUUCUAGGUUUCCAAAAGAUUUGGAUGAGGGGGAUGCUUCAGGUCAACCGGAUACCGCUCGAGGUGGAUGCAGCGUUGGUUCGGAAACUUCAUAUGCUAUUGUUAAAGAGUCGCCGAACACCUGGGGGGAAUCCACCUUCUGGAAUACCCGACGCAGAUAUACAAUCCGUCCAAGAUGUCUUUGCACAGCAAGAUGCGUUUGUGCAAGCUCUGGAGACUGCGCAGGACUACAAUGCUGUUGCAGUUGCGUACGAAGGCGCGAAGGCGUUUAACGAAAAGCUCAAAUACUUAUUGGAGUUGCAAAAGAACAAGUUGCAUGCAACUCUGGAGCGCCAGCCGCUCACCAAGGAAGAGGCGAACGCUGCGAAUGAGGCCAUGGCGACAAUUGCUGAAAUUGCCAUCGACGACGGCGAACAGUGCUGGCGUUACUUGCAGACUGUGAAUUCAGAGAUUAGCGGGAAAUAUGAAGAGGGGCCCGGCGUAUCUACUGGCAAGGCGUUGCGGCAAAUGCUGACAACUAAGAAAAAAGCCGGCACUGCUGAGUCAGGAGAGGCUAUUAUAAACCCUGACAGCGCUGUCGCGACUGGUGUGAAGCACUACUUUUCCGAGCGGUGGCACCACAUAGACAAUACGGCGAGGGAGCAUUGGACGAAGGCGCAGGAUAUGCUCGAGAAGGUGAGGAAGGGAGCAAAGUACAAACUCGAUAAGGAUGGAUUUGGAUCCACUGCACUGGAUGCGAAGACGAACCUGAGGGUGGAGAUAGCAAGGACGAAAACAGAGGGCUCAUCUCCCUUCAAGCUGUUGCGAUACUUCAAUAGAUUAGUAAAGGAGUUCGAGUCGUAUGACGAAAUGCUAAAGACUGUAUUCGUGUAUCAACACCGGCAAGGAUCACAGGAGUGGCGUCAGAUACGAACUCUGAAGGAGAAAUUCGACUCUGAAAAGGCACGAGCCAGGGACAGUGAAACGUCUGGCGUGGUACCUGGUCAUGCAGACACAAUUCUGCGGACAUGCUUGAAAAUCUGGACUCUAUUUGAAUCAGAGAGGUCGGCUCAGCUUAAACAGGCAAUGGAUAAAGCGCUCGCUGAUCUUCAUGGUGCAACGCAGGGUUAG